ACCCCAUGAUUACGUCAUCCUGUAUCCUUGGUUCAAACGUUCAACCACGCAGGGGCCUGUCCAAGCCCCUCGGAUCUCUUCUGAUUCUACUCCAUUGGUUUGAUCUUACUUACCAUGUCAAACUCGGACCGAACAUGUUGUGGAGUCGUAGAAGAGGCACGCAUGCGAGCACACAACCGACGGGCUCAAAAACCCCAGCCUUGGAUCGUUCUCAAGUUCGCCGUUGGGCUCACAUUAGCUCUAAUUGGGUAUACAAGCUAUGUAUAUGUCGGUAUAUUCUGUAAGGAUAUGAUUGUAAAGAAUGAGAGUGCAUUGGGAAGUCAGACUACCGGGAUCGUGUUUUUGGUAGUGUUCUGCUUCCUUCUAUUGAUGGUUUUAUGGUCGUAUUUUGCGGUCGUGACCACAUCACCAGGGUAUCCAACAGACUUUAUAGAAAAGACAGAGCUUGAGCUUCCGGAACCUCCGCCAGCGCAUGGGCAACAGCCUGCUACUGUCAGUGACACUCGUGGAAUGUCUUUCGAGCUUAUGGCCCCUGCGGCCGGCCUAUCUAAUGAUGCCUCAGCAUUAUCAACUCCUGUGAUGCCUCCCGCUGUUCCGGCAACAACGAAGCAAGGCAAGACUCUUCAUUACCUGGGCACAUCUACCCUUGAUGAAGCACGCAUCGUGAACGCACCCGCUGAUCCUGAAUCCACGCACGUCCCUGCAAUUUUCCCGCGACAGCCAUCAACGACACCUGUCCUUGCGCCCGAGUAUCGUUUCUGCAAUAAAGACAAAAUCGUCAAGCCUCCUCGUACACAUCAUUGCCGAGCUUGUGGCACUUGCGUUCUAAAGUAUGAUCAUCACUGCCCAUGGGUUGGACAUUGUGUCGGUGCUUACAAUCACAAGUUUUUUGUUAACUUUGUGCAGUGGGCAUCGAUACUCUCCUUUUGGAUGUUCGCAACAAUCUUAGGUCUAAACAUCAAGUCGCGUACGAGAUCCUCGGCUCCGGCAAUCAACCCACAACAUAUUGUUUUACUGGCCCUAACAGGUCUCUUCGGCCUUUUCUGUUUCCUCAUGUUCCUGACACACGUGCAACUAAUUAUGUUGAACCAAACAACGGUAGAAUCCCUUGGAUUCAGAUCAAUGCAGGAGCGUGAGCAGGAUAAUCUGUCGCGUAUGCACCGUUGGUACGAUUGUGGAGCUAAGAGACGAACGCGGCGACGUUGGGAUAAGGAAUGGGGGAGGAUCGGCAAGGAGGGUAAUCUCUGGUGGCUGGGAAGCCGUCGGGCCAACUGGGAAAGUGUAAUGGGCAAGAACGUGUGGUGGUGGUUCUUGCCAGUUGGUCGUGGACUCGAGGAUGCAGUGAAUUUUCCCACAAACCCACGAUUUGACAAGCAAGGGAGAUGGAGAAGAAGGAGAGAGUGGCCUUCUGACCUACGAUGAUAUACGCCCAUUUUUUCUGCAGAUUUACGCACGCACACACUACACACUAUACCACAGCUACAAAAUUAGGUCUUAGGACCUGCUUAGGUCGCCGGUUUCUCUCCUGGACAUACGGGUUCCUGGAUUUCCUCUAUUGUUGUACAAUACAUGUCACGUUAUGCUCACCGCUGUCGCCGGUAAUUCGAUUUUCGCCUACGGC